AUGAAUGACAUCGGACCGCACGAAGUGAAAUUCAAUAAAGGAGACACUAAGGCUUCCGAAGUUGCUAUCUGCGCGACGCCAACAUCCGCACACUUCACACGUCCCUCUCGCUGGUCCACUCCUUCAGGACAUAUGGAAGAGGGCGACGAGAACGUGCCACCGGCUACAUCCGCAGAAGUCGAAGCAUCGGAAGAAGCGAAGGUCAUCCAUCCAGCCUUCAAAGCAGUGGAAACAACAACCGCCUCGAAUUAUGCGAGUCAGGAAGACAAGGAUCUGCGUGUAAUCAUCGAGACUGUAAAGAACAAACUGUGCAAGUUCAAGUUUGUAGAUGAAGUGACUCUGGAAUGGAUCCGAUUCACUGAUCAAGUAGCGGAGAAGCUGAGCUGCAUCGAGAAAACCAACAGAGAACUCGUGUUAGCAUACAACAGCCAAACGGACCUGCUUAAGAAGCUCCGUUACUUACUCACUGCUAUCAUCCAAGCCGAGCGCCAGCAAUCCUGGCUAAGAGACAUGGACAGAGUAGUUGGCUACGUACAAGAGAUGCGCAAAUUACUGAGCUCUCUCACAACGACCAACAACCGCAUUGAAGUUCUCUUAUCGGCGUCUGCACCCACAGUCCCUCACGCCAAUCCAUACAAACUGGACAACGCGAAAAAUGCGAUUCCAGGGACGACAUCCGCAAAAGUCAACCGAAGCUGCACAUUGUGUGUUGAGCCGAAUCACAACACUGACCAAUGCCAUAGUUCCCCAACAUCGAUCGACAGAAUCCAAAUAGCUCACCGUCACAACAUCUGCUUGCAGUGUUUGGAGAAGUUUCCGGAAAACGAUCGCGGAAUUCAUCAGGAUUGCAAGAAGGUCGACACAUUGUGCCGCAAUUGCAUCCACAUAGUUGAUGAUCCAAGAGCGGCGAACCACAACAUCGUGUUCUGUGCUUGGAAACUGCAAAAGGGCAGUGGAUUGGGACAACACCCGCCACCUCACAAAUCAAAAUCUGCACUACUCAAGUCGCAUCCAACUGCAGGAGCUGGUCCUUCGAGAUCUGGACAUUGA